AUAAUAGAGACCGCCGAAGAAGAAUCUGACAAAGCGACGCAGGCCGGCAGACGGUGAACCUCACUCCUGCUCACUCCACUCCGCACCGCGCUCCGCUCCGUCCGCUCCACGCGCAGCCCGACAGUCAAAGACGAGUGGAGCGACCGCCAGUGCCAGUGCACCAGCGACCGGGCAGCGUGCUUGACGACGGCGUCGAGCACGUCCAGCGACCAGCGGCGCAGUAGUGGAUACAGUGGAAAAAGCAGCGGCGUCCCGGAUCACCACCACCAUGACCACCACGAGGAUCUUCGCGGUGCUGCUGGCGGCGCUGGCGGCCGUGUCCUGCGUCGCGGCCCACUCCUACCACCUUGGCUCCUGUCCCAGCGUCGAGCCCAUGCCCAACUUUGAAGUGGACAAGUUCCUGGGCAAGUGGUACGUGAUCCAGAAGACGUCGACGGGCAGCCGCUGCCUGGUGUACAACAUCACGCGCACCCCCGAGGCGCAGGGCGAGGCGCACGGCCAGUUCCGCAUCGAGCAGAUCAGCGAGCACCUGCUGCUGGGGCUCACCUCGGUGGACCACAAGUACCGCUACACCGGCCUGCUGCACGUCAACCCGGGCGCCACCACCAACGCCAACAUGACGGUCCACUUCCCGCUGAGUACGUGCUGCGUGGCCGGCAGUGCCUCCUACCGCAUCUUCAUGACGGACUACACGACCUACGCCGCCGUCUUCACCUGCCAGAAGCUGGCCUUCGCCAACCGCCAGUCGGUGUCCAUCCUCGCCCGGCAGCGCACCCUGGACAAGCAGUACCUGGACAAGAUCCGCAACCGCAUCAGCGCGCUGGGCGUGGACCCCUUCGACCUGUCCAUCAUCGACCAGACCAACUGCGCCGUGGAGAAGCCCGAGGGCGUGGACAUCAACAUCGACGAGGACACGUUCACGGCCGAGUCGGCGGCCGGCGUGGUGCGCAAGGCGGGCGAGAAGAUCGGCGACGGCAUCGAGUUGGUGGCGGACGGCGCCAAGAAGGUGUACCACACGGUGCGCGGCGAGAAGAAGGCCAACGCCGAGGAGGGCCGCGACCAGGUCCAGCAGAACGACAACUACCACGGCCGCUUCAGCGACCGCGACGCCGAGUGGCUGCCCUGAGCGCCGAACUUGCAAAUUUAAGCUCCCCUCUUUCCCCCUCGCUCAAGACCCGUGCCGAAAAUUUUCCGCAACUGCCGUGGGACUUCCCUCCCCCCGCGACACGGCCGCCGGAAAUCUUUCAUCUCCGCCGCGCCAAAUUUCGGCCGUAAGGGGGGGGAAUUGCCAACCGGUGCGUUUUUUGAAAGAAUGUUUCGUCGUGAAAACUUUGUGUACACAGAUACAAAGCUGCCAUCGGACAUAGCGAAGCGCAGCCAAAGAUCCUAAAAGUAUUGCCUCACCAAGGCGAAGGCGGGAGAUAAGAGACUGCAGUUCUAUUUUCAUCUCGUGCGACCCAUAAAAGCUACUAGACACCAUUUGUUUCUCAUAGUGCGGUUACAAGCUGCUGCUUUUUUGGUGAUUCUGUGAGGUUCCUUUUGACGAGUUUGAUCUGAUAAACCUGUGAUAAGGCUUGAUAGCAAGCUGAGGGCGACAAGACGAUAGGAGGAUGGCGGAUGGCUCAAUUUUAAAUCACUUUUUUCUAUAAACUUUUAGACGUGUAAUUCCACGCAACGAUGACUUUCAAUUGUUUCACGAUUGUAAACUGUGGGUCUUAUUUGUAUUCCUCUAUUUUAAAAUAAUAAACUGUGCCAUAUA